AUGAGUGGAAUUUUAAAGAGGAAAUUUGAAGAAGUUGAUGGCUCCUCACCCUGCUCCUCUGUGCGGGAAUCUGAUGAUGACAUUUCUAGCAGUGAAAGUGCGGACAGUGGUGAUAGUGUCAAUCCAUCCACUUCUAAUCAUUUUACCCCUUCAUCGAUCCUGAAGAGGGAGAAGCGGAAAAGGACAAAGAAUGUUCAUUUUAACUGUGUUACUGUGUACUACUUCACAAGAAGGCAAGGCUUCACCAGUGUCCCGAGUCAAGGAGGAAGCACAUUGGGCAUGUCCACUCGUCACAACAGCGUGCGCCAGUACUCCCUUGGAGAAUUUGCAAUGGAACAGGAGAGACUUCAUCGAGAGAUGUUAAGAGACCAUCUAAGGGAGGAGAAACUUAACUCUUUAAAACUGAAGAUGACAAAGAAUGGUACAGUGGAAUCUGAAGAGGCUAAUACUCUGACGUUGGAUGACAUUUCUGAUGAUGAUAUUGAUUUAGACAACACAGAAGUAGAUGAAUACUUCUUUCUACAACCCCUACCAACAAAAAAACGUAGGGCGCUGCUACGAGCCUCUGGAGUGAAAAAGAUUGAUGUGGAAGAAAAACAUGAGCUGCGGGCUAUCCGCCUAUCCAGAGAGGAUUGUGGCUGUGACUGCCGAGUGUUCUGUGAUCCAGAAACGUGUACUUGCAGCCUUGCAGGCAUAAAAUGCCAGGUGGAUCGUAUGUCUUUUCCAUGUGGUUGCACUAAAGAAGGGUGCAGCAAUACAGCAGGUAGAAUUGAAUUUAACCCCAUCCGUGUACGGACUCACUUUUUGCAUACAAUAAUGAAGCUUGAAUUGGAGAAAAAUAGAGAGCAGCAAGUUCCUGCACUAAAUGGUUGCCACACUGAGGUAAGUGCUCACACUAGUUCUCUGAGUACAGCACCCCACCCGGUAGAAUAUUCACUUGCAGAGAAUUUUGAGAUUGAAACUGACCCCCAGGCUGCAGUGAUGCACCUGCAGUCUGCUGAAGAUUUGGAUUGUCCUGGGGAAGAGGAGGAGGAGGAAGAAGAUGGAAGUAGCUUUUGUAGUGGAGUUACAGAUUCUAGUACACAAAGUUUAGCACCCAGUGAAUCUGAUGAUGAUGACGAUGAUGAAGAGGAGGAGGAGGAAGAAAAAGCAGAUGAUUUUGUGGAAGGCAUGGGGUCCCAUGCCGAUGUGGUGCCUCUUCCUUCUGUCCUUUGCUAUUCUGAUGGCACUGCAGUACGUGAAAGCCACUCUAAAAAUGCCUCAUACUAUGCUAACUCUUCAACUCUGUAUUACCAAAUAGAGAACCAUGCCCCUGGCAGUAAUAACCAGAUCACUGAGACCUAUUCAGAAAGGGACACUGUUAAAAAUGGUAGUCUUUCUCUGGUGCCUUACAGUAUGACUUCAGAGCAGUUUGUUGACUACACACGGCAAUCAGAGGAAAGUUACAGCAGCUCUCAUUACCCUUCUGCAAACCCCUCUGUGAUAGUUUGCUGCUCCUCUUCAGAAAGUGAUAACAGUGUUCCAUGUAAUAGUUUAUACACUGAACAUAGGCCAAGCCACCCUCAAGUGGAAUUUCACUCAUACUUGAAAAGUACCUCUCAAGAUGGAUUUGUUUCAGCUUUGAACGGUGACAGUCGCAUACCAGAGCAAGCUGCUGAGAAUUCUAUAAGCCUUUCAGAAAAGAGCAGACUGCAUGAAGAGUGUAUCAAAUCAUCUGUAGUGGAAACAGUACCUGUUUAA